AUGAAAAAAAGUAAAAACCAUAGUAAUAAAGAAGCUGCUGAAUCUGCCGAUAAAGAAGUUGUAGUAAUAAAUAAAAAAAAAAGUGAUGAUAAUGAUGAUGAUGAUGAUGAUGAUGUGGGUAAGACAGAAGAUCAUAAAAAACCUAAAGUAUUUCAAUCAAAGUCAAAUUUAGAAAUAAUUGCUUGGCUCGUUGACCAUCCAGAAAUUUUAAGAUUGGUACUAGAAAUGAACAAAACGGAUGUUGCUAUCUCAUCAUCCAAUAAAAUUAUGGAUGUAAACGAAAGUGUCAAAUGUCUUUUUUUACAUGCGAGAAGUCCAUGUGGUGAAGUUUUUGAUGAAAAUAAGUUUAACCAAAUUAUUUUAACUUCUGUAGAAGAAUUUAAAGAAAUAAGAAAAAACAGCACAUCUACUGAAAGUUUAUCUCAAAAAAAACUUAUAGAUUAUGUUGAUGAAGAAUUUGUCCAAAAGAUGUUAAGCCGACAGCUUGUAGCUGUUAAUAUUUCAGAAUUAAUAAGAAAUGGAGGGUUUAAUAUCUUGGUUGAUUUCGUAAGAGAAACCUUUAUUUAA